UCCACCUAAUUUUCUCUUCAGCCCUGGUUUGAGUCAAGAAAUGCUGCAUAUUUCAACUACAACUUUAAUGCUGUUUGGCACAGGUUUUUUCACUGUUUUGUGUCCAGCGGUCAGUAUAGAGGUUCUGCAAGGAGAAAAUGUUGCAAUAUGGUGUGAACACAACAUCCAUGUUACUGGAGACCUGUGCUGGUUCAAGCAAACAGCUUAUGCUGUUCCAAUAACAACUGUGUGCAUGGUAUACACAGAGAGUCGUCGUCAAAAUGUGGAGCCACGAUAUUUUGCCAAUUUUACAAUGAAUCAGAUGAUCAUGGAUCUGUACCUUAAAUCCACCUCUUUAACAAUACUGGAUGUGAAUGUUUCUGAUGCUGGCCUCUACUUUUGUGGAGCUAUGGGAUAUAAAAUGAAAUUCGGCAAUGGAACCAGACUUAAAGUGAAAGAUAAGAAUGAUAUGUCAAGAAAAAAUGACACAGAAACCUUAAAAAAUGAUCAUAAUCAAUCAUCUGUGACUGCUGAGGAUUGUUCUGGAAACAUCUUUUUUAUCCUGACAUUCAUAUUUGGUGGAUUUAUUAUUUUUACUUUCAAUAUUCUAAUCAUUUUUGGUAUUAUUAGAAAACACAAAAGACAGAAACAGAGAAAAGCUGCUGAACACCAAGCACAACAGCACGAUUACAAGGAGCAGGAACCUGAGUCAGUGGAGUAUUCUGCUGUACAUUUCUCCAGAAGAGAAAGACAAACUGAUACAGUAGUUAUGUAUGAGAUGUAUACUGAUGCCACAUAACUUACAUAUUCAAAGUUUUGUUCAUAAUAUAUUUCAUAAAUAACACUUCAAUGUACUGAUAAUAGUACUGAUAGUCAUGUGUAGGUUUUGAUACUCUGUUUUGAUAAUUCUGGUAACAACCAUACCAUAACGACAAAGAUACAUUGAUAUGAUUGAAAGAGUUUUUUAUAUUCUAAAUAUGUUUAUAGUAUGUAAAUAUAUUGUGUUGAUGGUUCCUUGUUUUUAAACAAUAAUCUUAUUAAACUUAUACACUGUGUAUAAAUUGAAAGCUGCUCUACUUAAACAUUUUUUUUUACAAUUGGUAACACUCAAUUUAAGUGAAACAUUUAGGAUAAAAAAGUUUUUUAAGAAUAUUUUAGGAACUUCUUAAGUUUUUCACUUAAACUGAGAAAAGUUGAUACAACUUUUACUUUUUUACAGUGUUUGCACAAAUUUUAACAAUGAAAAUUAAGUUGCUAUGCUUAAACAGUUUUCACACUACACUCUUAAAAAUUAAACUUCCUAAACGCUUCCAAGCUUUGUUGUUUGGUUUCAUAAAAAACUUUUCACACACAGAGAAGCUUUCUGUUGCAUUAAAUGUCAUUUGUCGUGUAUAAGGUUCAGACUAUAAAAAUGUAAGAAAAAAAAAGAUUCUUGACUGAAUGGUUCAGUUUGGGGAACCAAAAAUUAAAGAAAAACAAGAAAAAAUGUAAAUGCACAUCUGUUAAGUUUAAAUGAGUUACAGUGGGUGCUUUAUUAUUGUUUUAAUACUGUAUUGUUUUAGCAACAUUAUAACUGAACACAGCUAAAUAAACAGCAGGUCUCAUCACAAAUAGAUCCAUAAAAAGACAUUUAGAAACUUAUUCUAAAAUUGCAGUUUUGUUUGGAUCAUAAUUUGAUAUGCAUUUAAGAGACUUUUCACUUUUGUAACCUUUUAGUACAGUCAGUUAACUGUAUUUCAUUUGCAAUGUAUUUGUAUAUACAGUACAGGUGUGCAAUUUAACUCAUUAGAAAUUUGAUUUAGGAGCGAAAUAAUUAUUAUAAAUGACCAUCACUCUCCUGAAAUUAUAGUUUUAAGUAUUUGUGUAAAAUUGAUGAUAAACAAGGUAUUCAUGGGUAUUUUACAAUUAUUUUUAUUAAGCUAGUAAAAUGUUAGGUUUACAAUUUGAUUAAUUUUUUUACUAAAUCUUCAAAUUAAUUUAUUGAUUUUUUUCUAUAUAGCAUGCACACAAGCUUUUCCACUUCUGUACACAUUACAGGAAAAACAUAUCAAGACUCAACACGUCUGCUAAAACCACAUAGACCUCUACAUGCACAACUGACAGAGUGACAUUUAACACAAACAUUUAAGUUCUUAGCCUAUGUUUAUGUGUUUUUAGAUUUGUUUCCUCUUGAAUUUGUUGAUUUACAAUAAAAUGUUUGAUUAAAAUUUACUAAGAUGAUUAAAAGAAUGAGUCUGUAUUGUAUGCAUUGCCCUUGCUAAAUCAUUUAUUCAUUUUGUAACUAUUAAACUUAUUAAAAGUUUGACAUUUUCUAACUAAAUUCAUUUAGGCUUAUUUUUUAAAAGAAAAGUGAACCAUGCAUUUGAGUAUUUGCCUUAACACCAUAAUUACCCUUCAACAGUAGUUUUAGUGCGAUGUAACAAUAGCACAAUUUUUGGCUCUACAUAGGUGUUAUAUAACACUUAAAGUGUUUCCCAUAUGAUCACAGGCCAGUAAAUCACUUUUAGUGCUAUUUAGCACCGUUUUUAAAGUUUAAUUAAAUCAGUUUAUUUUUUUAAGAAUGUGUUUUUAUUACUUUUUGCAGAUUUUUCUUCUAUUUCCCAAACUUGUUUAGAUCUAAAGCCUAUACUCUUCCCCACACUAGUCCAUAUAAUUCAGAUUUUAUUGAGCUG